CACCUGCACUUCACUCAGUGAUCUCACACUCAUCACUGCUCUUCUCUUCCAAAAGCUCCAUGAAUCUCUCUCUCAUCCUCUUCCAAUCCUCAUAUUCAAUCUUCCCUAAUUUCAACCCGUGAUCCCCUGGAAUGAGGAGUAGCAACACUCCACCUGCGAGAUCCUGCCGAGAUGGAGGCUGUUGGGCAGGCGUCUCCGUCAAACGCCUCGCGUGCUCGUGAAAAACCACCCUCUCGUCGCUCCCAAAAUUCACCGAAUAUCCCGAAUCAUGUGGCCUCGGCAUCAUCUACCUCUCUCGCGAGCGAUAGGAGCCGGAGGUACUCCAAGAAUUCACAGGAGGGGCUGAAGCUGCCACGCUCUUCUGAUGGUUCCUUGGCAUCUUCGUCUAAGACACAAUCCAGUGAGAGCAUCAUCAUGGCUGCCGCGAAGAAGAAUGAAGAGCUGCUGAGCUCGCUGAAAUCGGACAUGGAGUCCAUUCGAAGCAUCGCCUCCUGCAAGAUCUGUGCCCGGCUUCUCUACGAACCCUACAUCAUCUCAUGCGGCCACACGUUCUGCUACAGUUGCCUUUGCACGUGGUUUUCCAACAAUAAACACAACAAAACCUGUCCAGACUGCCGCGCCGCGGUCCACGAGAUGCCGGCCCCAGCCUACCUCCUCAAAGAGCUGAUUACAGUCAUGAUUUCCCGGACCGAGCUCCUCCCUUCGUCGGAGAAAGAUGAACACGAAAGAUGGCAGAAAGAAGAAGCCGAAGCGGUGCAGAAGGAUAAGAACAAUACCAACCCUCAGCACGGCGGCCUCUUCAAGGGGGCCUUUAAGCGACGGUUCGGUACCGAUGCAUAUCAUGACGAUGAAGACAAUGUGGACAGGUGCCCGGCCUGCCACCAUGAGGUAGUUCAGGGAAUGUGCUCGCACUGUGACUGGAACGACUGGGACAUCGAGACAGGCGAUUCAGACUCCGCGGUCUUUCGUGAUGUGUGGGGCGGGUCACUCCGAGGAUUUAGCGAUGAUGAUGCACGAACGGAUGAUGUUGACGCCGACGACUUAGACCACGACCUCGACAUGACGGACAAUGAUCUGGAUUCCGAUAUUAUCGCCGUAAUGGCCCACGAGCACCUGGCCUCGGCCGAAUUUGGAGACUACGACGGCAAUAACUACAUUCAGCAAUGGAUGAACAGACGCGGCGGCCCCCCUUCGCCUCAGGGAAUCCGACGAAUGCGACCACUCGCUGCCCACAGCGCUGCCGGAAGUCGACGCCGAUCGAACACUGCGAGUCUCAUGUCCGAUGAGAUAGAUAUGGACACCGUCGAAGAAGAGGAUGAGGACGAAGAUGAGGAUGAAGAAGACUCCUCUAUGGCCGACUUCCUCGAUGACGAUAACAUCGAACUUGCUUCGCAGACGAGCUCAUCCACCGGCGCCAGUGGGACUCCUCAACCGGAGCAACGGCCAAACCACCCAAGGCGGGCCAUAGUGAUAGUCUCUGAUUCGCCGGAACCUAGGGGACCGUCAACGUCAAGGUCGACCUCUCUUGAUGAGGAAUCCGAUGAAGACGACGAAGACGAGAGCCCUAUCUCACACAUUCGACGACGACAGACCAGGGUGCAGGCCCGUUUGAACCGCAACCGCAAUGUGCCUUCUUCAAACAUGGAUCCGGAAAACCAUUUAUUCCAUCAGGCUCUCCGGAAUCGAGGCUGGUCACCAUUGGAUCAGGGUGCUUCUGCUGGGGUGGAAGAAGGGGGUGGAGAGUAUGAUGAGGACAGUGAUGGGGGAAGGACGACGGUCGGGUUAGAGACGAACACGAACCACGCUUUGCGGAACCGAAACUCAGGAUCUCUAACACCUACUGCAGACACAUAUAACGCGGCUUCCACCUCAUCCCCACGACCUCGGACGACCCGCUUCCCGGACGGUUCCCGAGGACUCCGGAGAAGGAGUUCCGUACUUUCUGUCUCAUCCAUAAACUACGAAGGAGAGGCAGACGACGAUGAUUCCGAUAUUGAUCGAGAUGGCGAUAGCACUAUGGGAGAUGUUAGACGCGCAUCAAAUGCUAGGUUGGGGGCGUCCAUAUCACGACCAUCCGUUGGAGUGCAACAAGUCCUCGGAGAUGGGCUGGAUGGCGUCUCGGACGGCUCAUCCGAUGAAUCGAUUGCACGACACCAAGGCCGCCGACGUACGAGACAACGACGCGACUACGACCCACGAAUUAGCUUUAUGUUUGCGGAACAUCAGAAUUUUGAGAGAAACGUGUCUAUGGAGAGGGAGGACGACGUCUUUGCCCAGUUGGAGCUGUUACGUGGAUCAACCCCAAUUCACCGCCCGGGGACAUCGAAUCGAAACAGGCGAAACGCAGCAAAUACUAUGAACGGACAUACGAAUUCUGCAUAUGCACAACAUCCUGCGUACCCUGUUGAGCAAGCUUCUCCAGACCGUCGCCGAACGCCAGGGAUUGGCAGAAGAGCCUCCAACAAUAGGCUUAUGGCAGCAGCUGCGCAGACUGACGGCUUCACACCGUCAUUUGUCCCGGCUUCAUCUGCGCAUUUGGGGAAUUCCGGAAACGGCAUCUACAUUGAUGGACGAGGUUCUGUGGAUCCGGAUCCAAGGGAUUCACGGCCCAAUAUUCGUGCAGCGUCGAAUCCAAUAGCGAGCGGCGCAACAAUUCCAGACGCAAUUGUCCGUCCGAUGAGCCGUCAGAAUUCGCGGCCUCCUUCUGCCACAGGCCGACGGCCAACUGCACCCGUCAAUGCUCCGUAUCAAAGCCCUUUUAUGGGCCCAGGUCUGAACUUCGCGGCUCGAUCCGUGCAACAAAGUCUGAACUCCGCUGUUCGAACCAUGCAGCAAAGUCACAACCCGUUCGCACCGCGUCUCCAAACCAACGUUCGACCCCGCCAAUCCAGCCAACGACUUCGCGAGCAAACUUCAACAGCGACGAUCCGACCUCGAACUUCGACCCGCACGAUGCGCACCCCGCCCUCUCAGUCUUCGAUGCGAGAUCACGACACCGCGUCUGGACCUGACCGAUCCCGAACCCCACGAGCGUCUGUGGCACCAUCCAGUUCCAGCCAACAUAGCCCAAGUUCCGCACGCCCACAGGCAUCUCGCGCCAACCUCCGACCUCAACCCUCCCAAGCUCGCUUGAUGCCGCAGCCAUCAACCCGACUGCUUCGCGCCGCUGUCGACCAGGUCACUAACAUGCCUCCCAUCACCCCUCUCAACGGUGUCCUCGACGACGCCGAGCGUCGCCGCCGCGCAAGCGAACUCGUCCGUCGUCGCGAGCGUGAACUCCUCCAAGGGUCAACCCCUCGCCGAGUCCACGGUUCCGACGCCAUCAGCGUCUCCUCUGGUCCAUCCAGUGCACGAUCCUCAGCCGCGCCACUCGGCACCGCAUUCAACCCGAUCACAUUCAGCAAUGCGGCGUCAAGCGCCAACAUCGCGCGACAGCGAGCGGUUUCCGGGCCGGCGGCACCGUUUGUGCCCCCUCGGCGAACCGAACGACCUCAGGCUGCGACAGGAGAGGGGAGCACGCACACAAAUGCAGGGAUCCAGGGACUGCGGCCGCGAAGCGGAGUCGGGCUUCCGGGCGUGGCGGAGAAUUUCGGGCAGCAGCUGGCGAGGGAGAACGUGGCGUCGACGGCCGCACGGGGUGAGCGAAGUCGUUAGAGGGGGGUGGUUGGCGUUGAAUCGAUUUUCUUGCAAGGACGAUCACGACGGACGGAGCAGACAGCUCUCAUGAUGAUAAGAGGGCGUUUUCAGUAUUCAGCAGCAUGACAUGGCGGAUUGAUGGUUUUCGGUUAUUGUUACGAUCGUUCGGGGACGGGCGGUCAACGGCCUGGAAGCAACGUUUAGCGAUGGUGCAAUAUUCGUUUAUGGGAAGCGGUCGCAGGCCACAAAUGAACUCUAUAGCAGUAGUGAACUAAAAUCACUGACUUGAUAUGUCUACCCGACUCCUUGCGCCGCGUUUGGGCCGGGGUUUGAUGUGUCGUGUUCCGACC